AUGACUAGUAAAAGUGAAAUUAGACAAAGAAUGCGAAGAAUUCUGAGACAAAUAUUACCAUCGGUACACAUGAAGAAAUCAGAAUACCUCUUAAAGCAGUUUUUAAGUAGUCCUGAAUAUUGUGCUUCGCGAAGACUAGCUGUUUAUAUUAGCCUCCCUGAAGAACCCAACACAAUACCAGUAAUUGAAAAAGCACUUCUUGAUGGAAAGAGUAUAUUUGUUCCACAAAUUAUGUUUUCUGCGUCAGACGAUUCUCCUCCUAUGUGUAUGCGUCAUGUUAAAUCACUGAAAGAGAUUGAAUCCUGGAGAUCUAAUAAAUGGGGGAUUAAAGAACCUGAACCAGUUUCAUAUGUUGAACAGCUGGACGAAAUUACAAGUCAGGGUAAAUACUGUAUCUAAUUGUAUAUUGCUAAGGUUAAUAAAAAACUUUACUUGAAUUAUCAGUUAUGUUGAUCGAUAGAAGCUACAAAGAAACAGACUUCUUAAACCAAGAGUUUCUUCAUUUUGAUGAAUGGAAUUAAUGGAUUAUUAGUUUUCUUUUAAGCUUGUAUAAAUGGAUGGACACCAACCAAAGCAGCAGUGGUUCUAAACCAUAGAAUAGCAGCAAAUUUGGCUUAUAUACAGGUUUACAUACAUGACGGUGAUGAAAAUCCUAACCAGAAAACGAAGUAACAUUUCGGUUACGAGAUAAGAUGUACAAAUAUUCAUAGUGAUUAAUAAAUCUGACCAGUAUUUAGAAGUCUUGUCUAAGUUUCAGACAUUUUGCAAAUGGUAAGAAACAGACUCUACUGGCUGACUUCCGAAGGCCGAACAGUCAGUCAGCUACAACGUAGAACCGGGCACAUAUAUGCAUCGGUU